AUGCCGACGUGGCUGAACGUGGCUGAGAAGCCGAGCGUGGCGAAGGAGCUGGCGGCGGUGCUCUCGAACGGCGCCUGCAGGACCGGCCAGUCCCUCUCCCGCUUCAACCCCCUCUUCGAGUUUGAGUUGGACGGGAACCAGAUGCUCUGCACCUCCGUGGCGGGGCACCUGAUGAACGACGAGCUGCCGCCGGAGACGCGGAGCUGGCAGCACUACCCGCUCGUCAACCUCUUCACCGCCAGCAUCACGAAGCACGUGAAGCCGGAGAUGGAGCCGGUGAAGCGGAACCUGGAGGCGCUCGGCAGCCGCGCCGCCGUGCUCGUGCUCUGGAUGGACUGCGACCGCGAGGGGGAGAACAUCUGCUUCGAGGUGAUGCAGGUGGUGCGGGCGGUCAACCGGGGCAUCCGCGUCUGCCGGGCGCGUUUCUCCGCCCUGACGAAGCGGGACCUCUUCCUCGCGGUGCGCAACCUGCAGGCCCCGAACAAGGCCCUCUCCGACGCGGUGGAGGCGCGGCAGGAGAUCGACCUCCGCAUCGGCGCCGUCUUCUCCCGCUUUCAGACCAUCAAAUUCCGCGACGCGUUUAGCGGGAUGCCGCGGGUGCUCAGCUUUGGGCCGUGCCAGAUUCCCACCCUCGGCUUUGUCGUCCGCCGCCACUGGGAGCGGCGCGGGUUUGUGGCGGAGGACUACUUCACGCUGCUGCUGCGCCACGGGCAGACCGUCUUUCACAGCUGCCGCGGCGCCCUCUUCGACCAGGUCGCCGCCACCCUCGUGCUGGAGACGAUGCUGGAGGCCGCCGACGCCGACGCCGACGCCGCGGCGGAGGUUGUCGACGUUGUGCGACGCCCCACCCGCCGACGCCCGCCGGCGCCGCUCGCCACCGUCGCGAUGCAGAAGUUGGCCGCCACCCACUUGCACAUUUCCUCCGAGCAGUGCAUGACCUGGGCGGAGUCGCUGUACCAGGAGGGCUUCAUCUCCUACCCCCGCACAGAGACUGACUCCUUCGCCUUCACCGAGGCGGAGCUGCGCGAGAUCGCGGCGCUGCAGCGCGGCAACCCGGUGGUGGCGGACUACGUCGCCGCCAUGCUGGAGAACCCCGCGGAGCGGUUUCGUCGACCCCUCAGCGGCGGCCACGACGACAAGGCCCACCCGCCCAUCUACCCCACCAAGCUGCUGCGGGCCGAACACGACAGCAGAGCCCCGCUCUACACCCUCAUUGUCCGCCACUUUCUCGCCUGCGUCUCGCCCGACGCGGUGGCGGCCACAACCGCCGUCACGGCGGUAUUUGGGGGCGAGAAGUUCACCACCGCCGGCACGGCGAUCCUGGAGAAGGGCUGGCUCGACGUCUACCCCUACGAACGCUGGCACAGCACCUGUCUCCCGGCCUACGAGAAGGGUGAGCGCUUUGCCCCGACGGACGUCAGCCUGGAGCAGUACCGCACCGCGCCCCCGCCGCACCUCACGGAGACGGCGCUCAUUGCCCUCAUGGAUGAGCACGGCAUCGGCACCGACGCCACAAUCGCGCAGCACAUCAAAACCGUCCUUGACCGGGGAUACGUGAAGCGGGAGGGGGCGUUUUUGGUUCCCACCGCGUUGGGCGUCGCCCUUGCCUCGGCGUAUGAGGUAAUUGGGUUACUGAGCCUCCUGCAGCCGCAGCUGCGGGCGCAGAUGGAGCUGGCCAUGUCCGACAUUGUCUCUGGGAAGGCCAGCAAGAACCAGGUCGUCGACGCCGCCGUGCAGCUCUACAGCGAGGUCUUCCAGAAGGUCUCACUGGGAAGUAGGGAGAUGUAUGAGGAGCUGUGCUGCCAUCUCUCUCCGGCGGCGCCGCAGGUGUCGGCCGCCGCCUACGGCACAGGCCGCGUGGUGCAGCCUCGCCUGGUGCCGUGCGGCGUGUGCCACAACCCGAUGGACCUCGUCGAGCAAACCGAGGGGGAGCGGGAGGCGUGGUGCGUGCGGUGCAGCACGUGUUGCAAGGACCACCGCGUUCCAAAUGGGCGCCUGAAUCAGUUGACUUCCUGUGGCCAGACCUGCGUGCUGUGCGGCUUUGGCGUCCUUGAGGUGCGGAACACGGAGAAGCAGACCUCCUACACGGUGUGCCCACACUGCUUCAGCUCGCCUCCCCCCGGCACCGACAUGGAGGCGUUCACCGGCUUUCGCUGUUUUCAGUGCCUCGCCGACUGUCCGCUGGCGAAGGGGCUGGAGAACGUGGCCAUCGCCCGGUGUGCCUCGUGCGGGGAGCACGACGUCCGCCUCUGCACGGGGGCGCGGGGAACCUUCUUGAGCUGCCGUGGCUUUCCCGCCUGCACCUACUCCGUGACCCUCCCGUGGGCGCGGCGCGUCCGCCCGAACCCGGCGAUGCGCUGCGCGUCGUGCCAGUCCGUGAUGCUUCAGUUUGAGUUCGGUGGGAUGCCGACGGUCCCUGGGCUGGAGGAGGGCGAGUGCGUCUGCGUCUUCUGCGACGGCCGCCUGCAGGAGUACGUCUCGGUGAAGGGGGGCGGCCCACGCAGGAGCGACCACGCGAGCCCGCAGCAACAGCAACAGCAGCAGCCGCAGCCGCAGCCGGCGCCGUACACGCUGCCGGCGCUGGGAGGCGUGGGGGCCUCCCGCCGCAGAGCACCCGCGAAGGGGCAGGACGCGGGCACGUUGUGCGGCUGCGGGGCGCCGGCGCGGCAGUUCGUGUCGAGGAAGGAGGUCUCCAAGGGGAAACGGUUUCUGACGUGUGCGAGUAAAAAGUGUUCGUUUUUCCAGUGGAUCGAUUGA